AUGGCCACUCCUCUAGAACCCGGCGCCGUUCUCUGGGAUGAUGAGAUCAGACCUUACCGCAUCCAUGUCUCCAGCAAGUAUCUCGAUCUCACGAGGCAGAAGUUGGAGCUCACGAGACUGCCACAUGAGACGUCGGGGCCCACGUCCAGGGAUUGGUGGGAACCAAAGACACAGAUCGAGCCUCUCAUCGACUUUUGGCUUGAAAAGUACGACUGGAGGCAGCAAGAGGACGUUUUCAACGAUCAGCUGCCUCAGUUUCGUACGGCCGUGACUGUGCCCGGGUCAGAGUCCCCCGUCCGGCUUCACUUCGUCCACGUAAGGUCGCCUCACGAGCACGCCGUACCGCUCAUCUUGGUGCCCCCUUUCCCCUUCGCGAACCUCUCCCUAGGCCACCUCAUUCGGCCCCUCGCGGAGCCGGAGGACCCGGACGAGCAGCAACCCUUUCACGUCGUCAUCCCGUCCCUGCCCGGUCUCGGCUUCAGCGAUGCCUUGCCCGGCAACACUCCCGUCAUCCCGGCGACGGCAGACAUCCUCGACCUCGUCAUGUCGCGGCUCUCGUACAAGCACUACCUGGUCUCCAACACGUCCUCCGCCGCGUCGAGCCCGGCCGGGAUCGACUGGAGGCUCGCGAACCACUUGGCCAUGUACCAUUCCGGCAGCUGCCUGGGCGCCCACUUCAUCAAUCCAUUACUGUCGGCGCCGACCCUGAAAGAGGCACCACUUGAGUGGAUGAAGUGGUCCAUUGCCAGACUCUUCCGCGCCCCGUUGUUCGGAUACCAGAGCGAAGACAUGCUCUCUCUCAACCAGGCGGGGCCCGCUCCGGGGCGGUCUACGAGCCCCAUAUCGCCCGGGCCCGCGUCCGUCAUCGAGCCAAACACGCCGUCCUACGCCCUGUGCGACUCCCCCGUCGGGCUGCUCACCCUCGUCCUCAAAAUCAUUCGCGUUCUCGGCGUCCAGAAGGAUUUCUCUGAGGCCGACAUCAUCACCUUCACCCAGACCGCGUGGCUUCCCGGGCCAGAAGCCGCGAUGCGGCUGUGGGCGUACUGUCUGACGCACCAGGAAAAGGGCUUGCCGAGGCCGGCAAAGAAGCCCGACGUCGCGAUCACAGUCUUCUCGGGGGUCGCAAAGGACGCCGACGUCGAGGCCCAGAACACGUUGCCCCGCGCGGCGCUGGUCCCGUACGCGUGCCCCGCGUGGGCCAACGUCUCCUAUAAUGCCGUACACAUACGCCGCAUCGCGGGCAGCCCGGGCCUGGUCGCCCGGGACCGCCCGGAGCUCAUCGGCGAGGGCGUCAGGGGUCUGGCGAGCAGGCUUCUCUCCUCCUCCGGCGGCAGCAGACUGAGGAACCGCGAGCAGCCUGGCACGGCGCCGCUGCGGGAGGUCGUCGUCGUCGUACCGCCGGACUCCGCCUCGGGUGGGGAAUCGCGGCCGCAGCCGCGGUCUCCGCAGACGAUGGCCCCUACCGCGCAGGGCGAAGCGACCUGGCGGCUCGAGAGGAUACGCGAGUCUUCCGAGACGCCGAACAAGACGCGGCCGGAGGACAGGGCGCGCGCCGGGCCCGACGCGGACUUUGACGGGGCCAGUCCGGAUACCAUUGUAGUCACGCCUCCGCUCAACGAGGGCUUGCGGUAG